AACACAAAAUUAACAGUAAUUACGACGGUGGUAUUUGACUGAGGAGAAAAGGAAACUUCGCUUUUGCUCUGUUUAUCGUCACACUCGCACAAUGUCCUCUUCUACUGAAACUCUCUCUAACUUCAAGGAAGCCGCACAAUCCAUCAUGUCCACGCGCCAUACCUGGAGCGAGUUCCUCUCACUCUCCGCCCUCACACUUCCUUCCUCAUUCUCCGAUUUCACCACGCGCAUCGGUAUCAAUCUCACGCGCUUCCUCUUCCACUACUCCUUCAUUCUCCUCUUCAUCCUCCUCAUCACCCUCGUCUACCACCCUCUCUCCAUCCUCCUCCUCCUCCUCUCUUUCGCCGGCUGGUACUUCCUAUUCUUCUCCCGUGACUCCGCCGAACCCUUCUCGUUAUUCAACCUAGUAGCAGUUGACGAUCGGGUCGUCGUUUUGGCUCUGGCGGUUUUCACUUUGGUUGUUAUUGCUGUGACCGGCGUGUGGUUGAACGUCUUGUUGUCGGUUGUUGUGGCGGCUGGUGUUGUUUGCUUGCACGGCGCCUCUAAAAUUUUCUCUUAA